AUGACCGAAAAAGUCGACCAAAAGACCUUCAGCGCGCGGGGCUUUGGAGAGAACCUGCCGGUGGAGGUGCGCCACGAAGUGUACCCAACUAUCGACCCAACUCCGGUCUACGCGUCCCAGUCAUUGAAAGGGAAGGCUCUGUUCAUCACUGGCGCCUCGCGCGGCAUCGGCCGUACUACUGCCAUCGCGUUCGCCAAAGCUGGCGCAUCCGUGGCCAUCUCCGCUCGAUCUUCUUCUGCGCUCGAUGAGACGAAGGCCUUAAUCUUGAGAGACGUGCCGGAGGCAAAGGUGGAAAAGUAUGUGGUUGAUGUGACGAAGGCUGAGGAAGUCGAAGAUGCGGUUGAGAGAGCUGCAAUCGCUUUCGGGAGGUUGGAUGUGGCGAUCGCGAAUGCGGGCUAUAUCAACCCUUUUGACACGCCGAUGCAAGAGCGCAAGUCGUCCGACUGGUGGCGCACGUUCGAGAUCAACUUAUUGGGCGUGUUCAACACCGUUCGUCCGGCGCUCAAGCACCUGCAAAAGGUCGAUGGGUACGUUGUGGCAAUCACAUCGGUCGGCGCGCAGUUCCGAUCGCCGAAUGGCAGCGACUAUCAGACGUCGAAGCAUGCACUCAACCGGUUGGUUGAGCUGAUCGCGCUUGAGAACGCGCCAGUCAAAGCCUUUUCCUUGCACCCAGGAGCAGUAGCCACGGAGAUAGCGACAACAAGCGGUAUUGAAGCGCAGGGUGUUCAGUUCAUCGACCCUCCUGAGCUUCCAGCGGCGACUAUGCUCUACCUUUGUACCGGUAAAGCCGACUGGCUCAACGGGCGGUAUGUCAGCGUGAACUGGGACCUGGGGCAGGUCGAGGCAGAGUGGAAGGAGAAGAUUCUUGAGAAGGAUUUACUGGUCAAUAAGCUAGACGUUGUAGGAUCCGUUUGA